ACCGCAACGGGUAUUUUCCCGCUUCUUCGGCGGAGGGCUAUAAAUAACACCGGUGCCGUCCAGAGAAAACAGCUAUCUCCCGUCUUCGUCUCCCUCACCUUCGAGCAAGAUUUCGAUCUUGGAGCGGUUCUUUCCGACGAAGUUAGCAGAAGAACCAAGGCAAGAUCUCAGGUUCUUCCACCUCUCUCCCCUCAAUCGUGGGAUUUCCGACGAAGAAAGAUCUCAGUUCUUUCUGGCAUUCGAUCUCGGGAUUUUUCUGUGUUGUUUGAUCGAGAUACAUCGCAUAUGCUUCGCUUGUUGAUAGGAUAGAAUGGCAGAUUCACAAAAAGGAGCUGCUUCAACUUCUUUCGCCCAGAAGAAAAGCCCUUUAGAUGAAGAUUUUGGAAAUGAUUUCCUUAGCUCUUGGUCAUCAGCAAAAAUGGGAAAGGAUGCAAUAGAUUUUGAUGUGGAAUCAGUUCCUCGGAUUGGGAAAAAAUCCUUUAACUUUGACAAAUUGGACGACUUUGAGCUUGGCAGUGACUUUGACAAACUAUCAUCAUUCAAAAUGGACAUUUCUGAUCUGGACUUCUCUAGCCCAGUGAACAAGACUGAAAAGACCACUGAAAAGUCUUCCAAAGAAUUUCUUCUGGGAAAGCAGGAAUCAAAAAAAGACAAAUUCGCCUUUUCUUUUGAUUUUAAUGAGUUGGAUAAGUUUGAUCUUGACUCGAAGUUGGUGAAAGGAGAAAAGAAGCUUAGUAAAUGCAUGGAUGAUAUUGAACCUGACUGUUCUAUAAAGCUUGACAAGGGCAUAGAUUCCAGAUGUAAUUCAAUCAUGAAUGGAACUAAGAUAAUACCAAAUAAAGAAAAUAUGGCCACUUCAAAACCUGCUCAUUUUACCGAGCCUGGCAUGGUAGAUAAUGCUAACCCUUCCAUCUCAAAUCUUGGGCAUUAUGAUGUCUGUCCUGAAGCACAGACAUCUACUGGGAAGCAAACUGUUUUUGGAGAAAAAGAAAAUCAUAUUAUUCAGCAGCACAUAGAAAAAGCAGAUGGAAAAUGCCCCAUAAAACCAAAUUCUGAAAAAGCUCCCCAAGAUUUUGCUCUCCUCUCUGUAUCUGGUGAUGGUUCAACGCAAGCAAAAGUUCAUCAAGCUCAAGCAGAAUUUGUUACUUUGGUUUCUGCAAAAGAAAAUAUAGCCAGAGACCAAGAGAGUAGUAUGAAAUCAGUAGAUAGUUCACAAUCCAGGAAUUCUAGCCCUACGAAUUCAUAUAGCUCAAGAUGUUGGAUGCCAAAAAGUAAAGCAGAAUCACUGAAUACUAGUCACAAGUUCCAGAAACAUGAAGGGAACCAAAGUGAGGUUUCUGGAUCAACCAUAACUUGUAGUGAAUCAAAUCCAGAUCGAAAAGACGUCAAAAACUCUUUUGUCUCACAGAAACAUGCUCCUGCAAUGAAGAAUACUGGAGAGAAGCAGGGCCAAAGGUCUAAUUUUCUUCGAUUACCAUCGAAUAAGGUUUCCAGAUUAGUUCAGUCCCUGUCAACAAAAGAGAAAGGAGCAUCUGCUUUACAAUUAAGGUCUGUCAACACUUCAAAAGGCAGUCUAUCUCAACCAACUACAGCAUCAACUCUAAACCAUCUUCAUGGUUUGCAGAACAAGAAAGUGGAAAUUAUGCAUUUGUAUCCUACAAGUAUAAAAAGUUUCCAACUUCAUCCUUCCCACUUGCAUGAGAUGACUACUGCAAGUAACUGUGCAAAGAGUGUGUCUCCUAAUCUUGUUUCAGGCUAUGCACCUUUAAAAGGCUUCAAGAACAUCUCCUUUGAAGGGAAAGAUAUCACUCCAAAAGAUGACAAAAAAUGUGAUAUAUCUAGCUUGAUGACUUCAAGGAGAACAAAAGUAAACAACAGGAUUCCAAAUUCCAUGAUGCAGAAAGAAAUAAAAUCAGUAAGAUUUUUGGAGGGAAACUUAACCCCUAAGGUGGCCGACACUGUUAUCAUAGAGAAACGUGCACUGUUAAGCCCACCUUUAAAGCGCAAGACACUAGAGGAAGCAAAAGCAGAUGUAAAGACUUUAAAGCCAUUAAAACGUAUUAUGGACUCUUCUACUGAAAGAAGGAAACCAUCAGAAGCAUCCCCAAAAUUUGACAAUGAGUUGGCUCCAGAAACUCAAAAGCUGGAAGCUCCUCACAGCAAUGUGUCUGUUGACAAUGGAACUCCUCUGAAUUGUGUUCCUGAGGUGGGAAGCAUGAUGGAUUUUGAAGUCCAUGUACUGAUAGAAAAUGAUGGAAAUGUGGAAAAAGCUGAAGCCUCUGUAAAGGAACUUGAUGGUAUCUGCAACAUGCUCAAAAAGAAGCAUGAAGAAGCCAAGGAAUUACUAGUUCGUGCUAUUGUAAACAACAACGCACUGCUGAUGCUGAACCAUCCCAUGUUCGAGGAGAAGAUAUCCUUGCAUAUCUUUGAUUUAUUUCCUUUUUUUUUCCUUUUCUCCUAUUUUUUUAACCAGAAACUUGUUUACCUUCACUAUCAGUACAUCCGUGCCCUUUGGAGGUUCGCUAAGAGCCUGCAGUCUGAGUACUGAAAAAAGGUGAUAUCCUAUUACCACCUAUAUGAGCCGGCAGCUGAUCUGCUGUAAGCUCUUUGUACCAUUCAUGCUAGUGCUUGAGCUUCGAAUGAACAAUUAUGAUGGUGAAUGGCUGAGGGGAAAGGUGUUGCUACAGCCAAAUUUUCUGUGAUCAUGUGAAUGGAACGGUUGAUUGAAACUUGAUUCAUGCGAUAAAUGAAAG